AUGAUCAAUAAUUCUUUGCUAUCAGAAGAAAUAGAUCUAACUAAAUCAUCUAGAAGAAAUGAUUAAGAGAUUGUACUCAUGUAAUCAGCAAUGAGAUAUAAAACAAUUAAAAAUAAUCUUUAACUAGUGAUGAUCCUAAAUUUUAUUUGCCUUAUAGGAACAACGUAUAAUUGCAAUUUAAUGAAGUUUUGCGAUGGCAUUUUAUUAAUGGUUUUUGAUAGUACUUCCAAAUACUAAGACAAGGAUUUGGCUGAAUCUACUAUAUGUUUACGAUAAAUAAGUUGAAAAAUAUAUGAGUUAUAGUACAUAUGAGAACUCAGAAUAUAAUUUUUGCCUUUAUAUAAAAGAUUUAUCUUAAAAUGAUUGUCUCUAUGAAUUAAGAUUAUUAGAAGCUAUAGGUAUAUAAAUAUAAAUAUAGUUACAGGAAUCUUUUGCUUUUGUUGUAUUAUGGUCUCUUUAAUAUUUUUGAGUUAUGACAUUAUUAGACUAAAACACUUAUUGAAAGCAUUUGAAUAAUAAUAAAAAUAUUAAUCUAGACUUAAAGGAGUUAUAGUUUAUUCACUAAUAAUUGUAGGCUAAUUUGUUUCUUUACUUGUAUACUUCUUUACAACAAUUUUGCUUACAAGUUUAAGAGAAAUUGAAAGUUUUAUGUUUAAAUUAAUUUAGCUCAUUUUGGAUCAUCUUUCUGGGUAAAUUUAUUUUGCUGUAUAUCUCUUGGAAUCUUUGCAUGCUAUUACAGAAAGUCAAAAGGUAGAAUUCUUAGAUUUUAAAUAAUGGAAAAGUUAAUAAAUUAAGAACUAGCAGAAGAUUCAUUAAAUCAUUUAGAUAGUUCAGAGGCUCAUUUUUGA